GGUUAACGUCAAAAUCAUUCUAAACAAAAAAUAAGGUUAUGUUUCUAUUUGUCAUUAAAACAACACAAUGAAUAAGAAAAUCUCUUUUGGAUUUAACAAAACGAUUAAAAAACCAACCGUUUUCGAAUCGAUACCAACCCCAAAAAGCGAUAUACAAUUAAUAGACUGUUUAGAAGGUCAAUCAAUUAAAGUUAUUGGUGAAAAAGAAGAAAUUGUGACUCCCUUAAUAAUUCCGCUUAAAGAGGAUUCAAAAAACCUUUUAGAUCGCAUUAAAAAAGCAGCAAACAAAAAGCAUGAAGAAAAUAUUUUAAUAAAACCAGAUUCGGAAUUAACCUUGGAUGAGUUAGCCGCAAAACAGCUUAUUGUUGAAGCGAGGACAAAUGUGGCUCAAAAAGAAACUAAAAUAGCUUCAGUUCCAAUAAGUGCAGAUAAUUUACCUUUAAAUGGAGAAAAAGAAUCUACAUUGGAAGAUUACGAAAGUGUUCCAAUCGAAGAUUUUGGCUUGGCUAUGUUAAGGGGAAUGGGUUGGAAAGAUGGAAUGACUGUCGGGAAGAAUGUAACUCAAAAUCUUAAAUUACAAGAACCUGAAUUACGGCCCAAAGGGUUAGGAUUAGGUGCUACCAAGAUAGUCCAAGAGAAUAAACCAAAAAUAGGUGUUGAUAAUCAUGGAAAUGAAUUAAAAAUAGUUAAGGGAGCCUUUUUAAAGAUUAUAGCAGGUGCUUUUAAGGGAAAAUAUGGUGAAGUUUUAGGUCUAGACCAAGAAACAUCGAGAGUAAUCGUUAAAUUAACUAUUUCAAAAGAAACUAUAUCAUUAAAUGAAUUUUUAGUCGUCCCAGUUACAAAACAAGAAUAUGAAAAGUAUUCAAAAAUUUUAAAUUUAGAUCAAUACGAAGAGUACAAGUCAAAAAAUGAUAAUAAUCCAAUUAUAUACAAAAAAGACUCCUCAUCCAGAAGAUCGAGUCGUUCUAGUUCAGAAUCGUCGGAUUAUAAACGAAAACAUUCUAGUAACAAGAAAAAGGACCAUAAAAGAAGAUCAAGAAGCCGUUCACCUUUGAAACGCUCAAAAUCAAGACAUAAAAAUGAUAAUUCAGAAUCUAGUGAUUCUGAAAGAAGGAAGAGGCAUAAAAAGAAAACGAAAAAAUCUAAAAAGAAACAUUAUAAACGAUAAUUUACAAAAUUAGAAUUAAUAAAAAGAAUAUUCAA